CGCUACAUUAGCUAUCACACUUUGGAAAACUAAACUAGGUAAUUCACAUAUUACACAAGUAUAAAACUGCGACUAUAUAUAUGGAGUUGAUGAAGUGUGUGAGAGGCCGGGGUUGAUUUUGUAGAAGGAGCGGAGGUAGAGGCUUAAAUUGUUCGUGAAGCAAAACCAAUUAAUACUUGGACAUGGCAUCAACAAGGCUGGUGGGCAAAGUGGGGCUUGUGACGGGCGGGGCCAGCGGCAUCGGGGAGAGCAUCGUGCGCUCGUUCCUCAGGCACGGCGCCAAAGUCUGCGUGGCCGACGUGCGGGACCCCAACGACCUCUGCCUUGUUGGUAACAACAACGUCUCAUUCGUCCGCUGUGACGUGACCGUGGAAGACGACGUGCGGCGAGCGGUCGACCACGCGGUCGAGAGGUUCGGCGGCCUUGACGUGAUGGUGAACAACGCGGGCGUGCUGGGCCCCACCGCGUGUCGGGACGUUCGCGAGUUCGACGUGGCAGAGUUUGACCGAGUGUUCGGGGUGAACGUGAGGGGAGUCUUCUUAGGGACGAAGCACGCGGCGCGCAUCAUGAUCCCGAGGGGUAAGGGGUCGAUAGUGUCCAUGUGCAGUGUGGCUGGGGUUGUUGGGGGGGUGGGGGAUCACGCGUACACGGGGUCCAAGCACGCGGUGCUGGGGCUCACGCGGAGUGCGGCCGCCGAGCUCGGGAAGCACGGGGUGCGGGUCAACUGUGUGUCCCCUUAUGGGGUGCUCACGGGGAUGUCGUCGGCUCAGGUACGCGGUAUGGAGGAAGAGGAGAGGGUUGAGCGGGUGCGUUGGCUGUAUGAGGGUGUGGCGAAUCUCAAGGGAGUGGAGCUGACGGCGGACGAUGUUGCGUGCGCGGUGGUGUUUUUAGCCAGUGACGAGGCGCGGUACGUGAGCGGGGCCAACCUCAUGGUCGACGGAGGGUUCACCUCGACAACGCACGCUUUUGAACAACUUCUUCGCUGAAAACUACUUUGAUUAUCAUAGCAGACGGCGCGCAUUACCAGUAGUGUGCCCCUUGAAUCUUGAUAGAAUAAGUGUUCACGUUUUCCUGUAAUAUCUACUUUAAUUUACUUUUUGAAUAAGAAUGAUACCAAAUUAGUUGUGUUCGCGUUUUAUAUUACACUAGUAUUCGACACGAAUGGGAAUAAAGUUUUUUAUACAUUAUAUAUA